AUGUUUAAUAAUAUAUUGCCGAAACACAAAUAAAGCAAAGAAUCAGAAUCUAAUAUGGGUUUCUUCGGAUUGGAUUGCAAGAUUUAAUAAACUAAGCAAAUAAAAAAAUUAAAAAUUGAUGUAAAGUGCAUGUUAAAUUAAGAAUUAUUAGUUAUGAAACCCAAUAAAAUAGGUAAUUAUCAAAAUUUAUAAUAGACCAAUAAAUUCCGGAUGUAAAAGUUGAAUAUGGUUUCUAUGUCGAUCAAAAGUAAAAUAUUGAUAAUAAGAAAGAUAUUUGAAUGAGAUACAGGCAUUGCAAGAUAAUUUCAAUGCUUAAGAAGAUGUUGUAUAAAUCAUAGUGGUUUGUUCCCUUGGAAUUAAAAUACCAAAUGAUUAAGAUUUUCAUUUCUUUUUCGAAUGCUUUGAUUUGCUUAAUUAGAAUUAAACAAAGUUUCGAUAGUUUAUUAACAAUAAACCGCAAAAACAAUUGCAUAGAUUGUUGAUUUGCUCUAUUAUUAUGAAAGUAUAAAAGAUGACUGAUGUAAUUAUUGGAUUGUAUGUGGAUUUGAAUCUCUAUGUCCUGAUGCAAUUGACUUUAAUUACCAUCCAAUAUGAAUGUAUGGAAUAUUCACAAUACUUUUAUUCGUAUGUAUCUACUUAAAACCUAGUUUGCUAUUGUAGUAUUUUCAAUUCUAGGCUGGAAUCUAUCAAAAACAGAUUACUGACCCCUAUUUGUAGAAAUUAAUCAUGAAUGUUGCUUAAGUGCAGAUUUAGCAGAUUAAAGAGGAUAUUCUCUUAAUCACUUGGGGAUAGAAACAACUAUAGAUAGGGACAUUGUUCUUCAAGAGUAUGUACAAGAAGAUAGAGAAUCGCAAGAAACCCUUUCUGCAACCCUUAUAAAAAUAUUAAUUCUAUAAGACUUCUAGAAAGAGAACAACAACAUCACCAAAUACUGAUUAUCCUCAUUAUUAUUAGUUAUUAGAUGAGGCGUAAGGGAAAUAGUAUUUAGUGGCUUAUCAGGAAUCACCUCACAGUGAGAUAUUGAUAUUUGAAAAAGAUGUAAAAAUUGUAAUUAUAAUAUUGCAGUAAUUAUAAUAUAUCAAAUAUUCAGAAGAAUAUGUUGGCGUAAUAGAAAGAAAUUUCUGGGGAACUGUGUUUCACAUUUAUGAUUAUGGAUAUCCAAAGGAGGCAGCUGGCAGGAUCCCCAAGUAUUUUGGAUAAGAGAGAAGAGAAUUGGCUGUCAUCCAAUAUCAAACCAACAUCAUGGCAACAUAGCCAAGGUAAUUGUAAGAAUAUAAUAAGAAAAUUCACUGCAAGUAUGUUGAAUCUGAUUGAUAAUUAAAUUGUAUAAUUAGCUUAGAUGGACCCUGUGUAUAAUGAGGAAAAGGAGUGUUAUUAAUUGAAUUUCUUUGGAAGAGCAAAACGAGCAUCAGCCAGGAACUUUGAGAUUAUUGAUCCUCAAGAUUAGAAUAUUAUUUAUUUGUUGCAUGGGAAGGUAAAGUGUAAUCGUAAUAAAAAUAAAGUGGGAGAAGAACCUUUUUAAUGUAGAUUACAGAUUUCCAAUGAGUAUGCUCUAAGCCUUUUGCUUUUCUUUGAGCUCUAUUAGUAAGAAAUUCUUGGUUUAAUGAAAUUGUUAUGUAUAUUUCAAAUUAGAAACAAG